GCUGGCGUAUACCACAGGAUACAACCAACGUCAAUCCGGGCACCCUUCGGACUCGCAUAAUCACCUGUAUAUAACAUGAAUUCUUCUUUCUGUUGAUCGGUCAUGGAAUUCUUCAACGACGUCGGAGCAGAUCCACUAAAACCCUCUCUUUUCGAGCUCGUAGCCCAAGAACAACUCCGAGACCUAUUACAGCCAGCUCUCAAGUAUGUAUUGUCUGUUUUCGCUCAAAGAUAUCCACGAUAUCUCCUGCGUAUAGUAAACAAGCAUGAAGAAUGCUACGCCUUAUUCAUGCUGGUCGUAGAAAGGCAUUAUCUCCGAAAGCAUGGUGCAUCGUUCUCGGAGAAUUUCUACGGCCUCAAACGGAGACGAAGACCAUACAUUGAGCCAGAGAGAGCAAAAGCUGCAACAGGAGGAGUGCCAGAGGCAGAGAAGCUAAGAAGUCGGGAGAUACGACGCUCACUACUUUUUCUUGUUGGCUUACCUUAUCUUCGAGCGAAAGCACAAGAUUAUUACGAAGAGUUAGGAGGAGGUGCUAACUCUGACAUUCUGGAUGAAGGGAUGGAUGCACGCCAAUUGCGCGCUCUGACGGAUCAAAGUUACAAAGGCUGGCUACGACGAGCCUUCAAGGCAGCUUAUCCAUGGUUAAACACGUCCUUCGAAGUGUGGUUGCUCGUAUGCAAUGUUGCAUACCUAUUUGAUCAAACGCCAUUCUACAGACCAUGGUUAUCAUGGAUCGGUGUAGAUUUGCGCCGACUUGGUCUUGAAGACUUUAGGGCAGCAAGUUUAGCCGCAGGGGCAAAAAUACCUCAAGCUAAACCAAAAGGCAUCCUAUUCCGGUUCCGUCGUUUGAUUUCAACAUCUCCUCACCUUCUCUUCGAUUCCCUUCGGCUGCUUCUCCCAACUGCCAUCUUUUUUAUUAAAUUCCUGGAAUGGUGGUAUUCUCCCAACUCCCCAGCUCGUUCUCUUUCUGUGUCUCCUUUAGGUCCUGCCGUGCCUCCUCCACAUUUGCUUCUUCCACAUACCAAAGGAAUAGGUUUUGACCAACAGUCGUACGGAAUAUGUCCUUUGUGCCAUAAGGAGAUCAACAACGCGACUGCCUUGCCUUCAGGGUAUGUCUUUUGCUACCGCUGUGCAUAUGACCACGUAGAGAAGCAUGGUGAAUGUCCAAUCACUUUGCUACCUGCAAAGAUAUGGCAGCAUCUGGUUGUCGAUUUCAACGAUACAAUGAUUGUCCAGAAUAUAAUCUCGAUAUUAACCUAUAUUAACACCAAAAGGUUUGGGAAGCAUAUCCAGUCUCAUCAAAUUCCUGGAUGGUCACCGUACUAUCUGGAUUACAAGUUUCUCAAGAAAAUCAUUUCAUCUCUCGAAGCGAAGCGUCCAGCGUCUGAAUCCGCUGCUUUUGCGCUUGGGUCUCGUCCAGGGGAUAUUCCGAGCCAAACGGUGCAAACUACUACCACUAUCGUCUCACGAGAAAAUACUCCUGGUGCUCCACCAUUAUUUUCUACCUCCGAACACGAUGAGGAUCGGGGACCAGAGUUUCAAGCUCACAAAGCAGUCUUCUUUUUCAAGCUUGAGCGCGAGCUGGAGAAGAUCAAUGCCUUUUACCUUCAGAAAGAGGCCGAGUUGAAACUACGACUUGAAACUCUCUUGUCCAAAAGAAGAGCCGCCGCGAUGAGGGGUCUACCAGAUACGGUCGAUGGCACCAUGCAGAACCACGUAGAGUGGAAUGCAGUUGAAGAAGGGUUUCGUCUUCUCGAACGUGAUUUAGGGAAACUACAGGCGUUUGUCGAAAUCAAUGCUACCGGCUUUCGGAAGAUCUUGAAGAAGUUUGACAAAAGGUCCAAAUCGAGCACAAAAGAGCUUUACCUUAGUCGGCAGGUGGAUGUACAACCUGUAUUCAAUAGACAGCUAAUAUCGGAGCUUUCUGAUACUGUCGCGAGUUGUCUCCUCAACUUGACUGAUCUCUCCUCAGAUUCAAAUUUCGAGGGCCGAGCAGCGAACGAUAUUUUCACGCAGCAAAUCUUGACUGAGCGGACUUUCAUCGGACCUCUACACGACCUCGAGAAAAAUCUACGAAAGGCUGUCGCAAGCGCCGAUCAAAGUGCUAUCGUUGAUUGCGUACAUUAUUCUGAGGUAGUCAUCGGUGAUGAAAGGAGGAACACAACCCGUAUAUUAUGGAGUGUAGUUGUCGAAGCUCCCCCUGAUCUAGCAGACCUCAUCCUGACCUCCUUAUCUUCUCCAUUCGAUUUUGACUAUGUCGACGAUAUCAAUGACCGUACCUGCCUCCACGAAGCGGCUAUCGCUGGAGCCUUGCGGCUGGUAAAACUCUGUAUCAACAAACAUGUCCCAGUGGAUAAGGCUGAUGCAUACGGGCGCAAUGCUCUUCAUUAUGCUGCGAUGAAUGGCCAUGCAAUGGUUUGUCAAAGCCUGUUAGAGACGAAUGUCUCCCUUAAUUGCCUCGACAUCGACAAUUACAAUCCUCUUGUCUACGCCACUCUACGUGGUAGUGUCGAUUGUGUCAAAGUGCUAUUAGACCAUGGAAAUGCAUCUCCUCAGCCUACCACACCCAAUGGCGAUUUGAUUCCCCUCUCAUUGGCCUCUCAGUCCGGACAUGUCGAUGUUGUUCAGCUUUUGCUGGAGCGUGGCGCACAAUGUUUAGCCAAUAGUAACGGAGAGUACCCUAUCCACCUUGCUGCGCGCGCAGGGCAUGUCGACGUUUGCAAGUUGCUCCUCAAUCAUAUCGGGUGGGACGUUCCGGACAAGUACCAUGAAUGGACACCUCUCUUUCACGCUGCGCGUUACGGUCGCGACCAAUGUGUUCGUGUCCUAAUAGAUGCGGGUGCACGCGUCAAUCUCGCGGACGAGUUAGGCCAUUUUGCCAUGCAUUACGCCGCUUGGUACGGACAUUAUCAGUGUCUUACUUACCUCAUAGAGGAAUCUGCCUGUGUCCCACUACUUCCAAUAAACACGAAGAUUCUGGAACGUUCUCCCGGUUCUGACGAUCCUAUGUCUGUGGAAUCGGAGAUUGACCUUAUACCCUCUCUAUCUCUGCCUCCGCCCAUCAUGCCCCAUCGUGUUUAUGGUCAUAACUAUCUGGAUAGAAGUCAUCUUGUGCAGGUAUCUAUUGGUCAUUCUUUAGGUCAAAACCGGGAUUUUUCUGGUGUUCGACUUCACCAUCGGCUCAUAAGCCCAGCCUUUAGAGACGAAUAUCUUCUUACGACUGCACCACUGAAACUUGUGAUGACCACUGCCCCACAAGUCACUUCAGCGCCAUACAGCAUAUCAUUACCGCCUCAGGAUGAGAGUGGCGUUUUUAUCUUCCAAACGCCCUCUCUUGACAGCCUGACACUGGAGUUUUCAGUGUAUCCAAACUUUGGUACAAAAACGAUUGGAUGCGCAGUUGCGUUACCCUCAUUAUUUGCGGGGAUGGAAAGCAAUGAGGCCUUUACUUUGCCUAUCCUAGACCAACGACUACACAUCGUUGGAGAGGUUUCUUUCGAAAUCAACAUUAUCAGCUCUUUCGAUGGUGUAACUUUAGAAGUUGGCGGGGAUGUCGAGACAUAUUGGAAAUCAACGGGAAUUUCCAUCAUCCCUCAUUCGCUGUCGCCGUGGCCUCAGCGCUCGUACCUCAUUGGCUCUGCUCAGACAUCGCCAUCCUCGCAAUCUCUUUCUACUACUUCCAGUCAAGCAUCCACGAUCUCUUCUGUACGAGGAAAGUUCCUUACCGUCGUGAUACAAGUCACUCGUGAUCUUCAACCCGUAGUGUAUACGGACUGGUUAUUGCCUGAUUCGGAUUUUGAUUUGAGUGUAUGCGAUGUUACUUUAGAGCAAUUCGAAUCGCUGGCCAAACGCUCGGGCAGAAACAUUGACGAGAUGACAGUGUUACCUUCAAGCAAUUUGCCAGCUCUCAUAUCCCAGGCGAUGAUAUCUUUGGUCCGGCUUUUGAAGAUUCUCCCCACCACCGUAGGCUUGUGCCUUGAGGUCGUGUAUCCUUCUCGGGCGUUACGGGAAAAAUUAAAUCUUUCACGGCGAUUGGACCUCAAUCAAGUCGUGGAUUCUGUUUUGAAAACGGUCUAUCAAAGAUCGAUACCCCAGGAUAGUCGGAAUAACCGCCGGCGAAUCAUGUUCACGUCGUUUUCUCCAGAUAUAUGCGCUGCUCUCAAUUGGAAGCAACCUAACUAUGCCGUUUUUCUUGCUUCCCACUGCAGAAGGAAUCCAGAUCGUCAUCCUCGUCCCAUUAGGUUUGAUUCAGGCGAUACCCAGGAUCGAAGAUUAUUGAGUCUUGGUUCUACUGUCGAAUUUGCUCGCAUGAACAACUUGUUAGGAGUAUUUGUCGAUGCCACUCUUCUGGUUCAAGUUCCGUCUCUGAUUCACAGUGUUCGAAAUGCUGGUCUUUUAGUUGGAAUAACAGAAACUUCUGAAGAUGUUACAUCACUCUCGAAUGGUCCCAAUAAAGAGAGUGUUGAUGCAUAUUUGAGCGAGGGGGUGAUAACAUUCACUGAUCAUUCCAUAUAAAACAUCCCAGUAGCCUGGGGCAUAUAAUAAGUACAUUAAAUCUUUGGGUAUCCAGAAAUAUAAAGUAAGAUACUGUAGUGAUUGUACUAGGUGGUGAUGGUCCUUAUACUGACUGCUUGUACAGGGUAGCAUAUGAUCCAUUUUUUUU